UGCUGCUGCUCGGCCGCCUCCCCGCGCCCCGCUCCGGGCCCCUUCGCGCCCGUCUGAGCCCCUCGGCGGAAGCUGCGGGCGCGCUCUCACAUUCCGGGAGAGCCCAGAAACCAUGCCCAGGUCCUUCCUGGUGAAAAAGGUCAAACUCGACGAUUUCUCCUCGGCGGAUCUAGAGAACUCCUACAGCCGGUCGCGGGCGGACUUCAACUCCCGGCUCCAUGACAAGGGAUACAUCAGCGAGUACAUUACGCCGUCGUCGGUGUACGAGGCGGGCGAGAGCGAGAGCGGCCUCAAGGUGCCCUCGCCGACGGGCGUCAUCUACCCCGGGGCGCACGGCGGCGGCGGCGGCGGCGGCGACUACGGCGCGCCGGACUCGGAACCCCCCGACAGCCCGCACUCGGAGUUGGCCGGCGGCUACAUCAACGGCGACGCGGCGGUGAGCGAGGGCUACGCCGUCGACGCCUUCUUCAUCACCGACGGCCGCUCGCGCCGCAAGGCGGCGGUGGUGGGCGGCGCGGCCUCCCGGCUGGGCCAGCCGCCCGCGCAGCAGCCCGCGCAGCCGCCGCCCGCGCAGCAGCCCGCGCAGCCGCCGGCGCAGCGCCACACGUGCAGCGAGUGCGGCAAGACGUACGCCACGUCGUCCAACCUGAGCCGCCACAAGCAGACGCACCGCAGCCUCGACAGCAAGAUGGCCAAGAAGUGCCCCACGUGCGGCAAGGUGUACGUCUCCAUGCCGGCCAUGGCCAUGCACCUGCUGACGCACGACCUCAAGCACAAGUGCGACGUGUGCGGCAAGGCCUUCAGCCGGCCCUGGCUGCUGCAGGGCCACAUGCGCUCGCACACGGGCGAGAAGCCCUUCGGCUGCGCGCACUGCGGCAAGGCCUUCGCCGACCGCUCCAACCUGCGCGCCCACAUGCAGACGCACUCGGCCUUCAAGCACUUCCGCUGCAAGCGCUGCAACAAGACCUUCGCGCUCAAGUCCUACCUGAACAAGCACUACGAGUCGGCCUGCUUCAAGGGCGCCGGGCCGCCGCCCCUCAGCCCGCUCGAGGCCUGAGGCCCGCGGCCAAGCGCAGCGCAGCGCA